CGCCAAGGUGAGAGUGGAGAGUAACAUAAUAAAUACAGUUAAUGGAGGAAGUAUCCUUGGUAGCCUAAAAGGUGCAUAUCGCAUUUACUAGGGCUUACCAAAGCCAACGGCCAUCACUCCAGUCUCCACCUAAAACUAAACACCCCCGCUUCCUCUCCCUUGAGCCCCAUAACCUCUCUUUUUCCACUUUAAGACGCUCCCAUCUCCCACUGAACCACCAAAAAAAACCCACUACGAAAUGUCGAACAAGUCGCCCAUUUUUCCGAUGCCGGAGCCUCAACACUUCAGCGACUACGGCUUCGACCCCCAAAUCGACUAUUUCCAGGUCCUUGAAGAAGCUAGAAGGCACAAGCGUGACGGAACGAGAUCCAUAGACUCGAUUCACUUCAAGCUCCAGAAGCCCAUUUCCAAGGACGACCACUACUCCAAGAAGCCUCACAAGAAGAAGCGCUGGUGGAAAAGCGCUUUGCUUUUCUUCAAAUGGGGCUGGACCCACCACCACGACUCGGCCCACCGCCACAACCGCCGUGGUGGCCGGGAGGACGUGCACCAGGCCAGGGCCAAGGCUUUCCGGGCUUCCAUUUCCGGGCCCGUUUAUAUCACAGAAAGCAGGAGCGGGUCAAGCACACCGUACCGGACGGCGAGCAGGCCGUCGUCGGGGCCCCUGGCCGGGACUAUGUCGCCGGUGAGUAAGGGAGAGAUGGAGAUUCCGUAUCUGAGCCUGAGGGAGCUUAACAUGGAGCAGCAACAGAGGGUGUCUACCUCAUCAGCCAUGCCCAUUUACUUGGUUACUUGAUUAGUGAUUAGUAUUCUGGCCUUUUGGGGUUGGUCAUUAGAUUUAACUAUAUUUUAGUCUUGGGGGGAACCAUUAUAUAUUUUACAAAAGCUCUUCCUUAAGAUGAUCUAUAUUUUACAAUUGCGGUUUAGAUUGGGCACUUUUCUGUUUUUUGGAAAAGGCAACAGCAUUUGAUCUGUUGGAGGAAGGCUAUAUCCUCCUUUUGGUGUUUGUGUUUUUUCUCACUUUUCUUGAGUUCUGGAUUUGACUUGGUCA